UGGCCCGUCACUGGGCCAAACCAAUUUGGCUACACAGGACAAUGUCCUGCCACAUAUUGUGUGUUGCAUGGAGCUGAUAAGAGCACAGUCACUACUAACAGCUUCAGAGGUGAGUUUCAUAGGCAGGUGUGUAGAGUUAGAAAGAUCCAGGACUUGAAAGUGUGGUAUGAAGGACAUAUUGAGGCCAUAUCAGAGUUUUCUAUUUUGUCUGUUUCUAUAUUUGUGUUCCUAGAAUAUAAAGUCAGAGUGAGGGCUGUGAAGCAGCAGGAUCGUGGAACAGGUCUGCCCGGUCUGUUCCUCAGCUGCUUUUGCUGACGACACACCUGCUGGCCUGGGAGGAGCUGAGACAGGUGGACGCUCCUUAACCGGGGUGGAAGUGGGGGAAGCCACAAGAGACAAGAAAGAGUGAGAGGAAAGAGGAGAGGAGAGUGUGAGGACCUGGAAGGAACACAGUCAGACUCCGAUUACAGAAACAGGCCUGCACAGCCUCCAAAGAUGUCGAAGAAAACGGAAAACAGCCCUGUAAAGAUCAGCAAGAGUCAGGUCACUGACCUGGCUGUGCUGAUUUCUCGCAUGCAGAAGAAUGCAGACCAAGUAGAGAAGAAUAUCCUGCAAACAGAGGAGCUGCUGGCUUUGGAUACAGAGCGCCGUGGGAAGAAUCUGUCUCUGAUCCACCAGAAAGUCAACUCAAGCAACCUGGAGGACGCUGAGGGGCUGCUGAAGGACCUCUUCAUGGACGUGGACAGGGCCAAGAAGCUAAAGCACCCACAGGCUCAUGAAAUAGAGAGAGAUGUGAGAAAUCUUCAUGAACGCUGGGCAAAGGACUGCGGCACUUACAGGGAACUGUACAACCAGAUGCAAGAUGUGGAGCCAAAACAAAAGAUCAACUGGGGUCCUCUGCUGGAUGAGAAACAGAAACAGUUAAAUUCAGAAGCAUAUGGCCCCAACCUGACUGACGUAGAGAAGCAGAUUGCAGCGCAUAACAUCCUGCACCAGGCGAUCGAGGCCUACAGCACCCAGCUGACACCCAGCACCACCACGUCUCAGGAGCAGUAUGCCGCCCUCAAGGAGAAAUACGCUCAACUAUAUGAGAGCUCCCAGCAGAGACGCAACCACCUGGCCUCUCUGCACGAAUACAUGCAGAGCUGCAGUAAGGAGCUGGUCUACCUGUCAGGCCAGCAGGAGAGGAUCCUCCAGAGAGACUGGAGUGAUCUCAUGGUUGACCCUCCAAGCGUCCGCAUGGAGUAUGAGAAAUUCAAAAAUAAUGGACUGCUAGCACAUGAGAAUGAGAUCAACAAGCUACAGGAUGAAGGCGAUCGUCUUGUUGAAAUGAAACACCCUGGCACGCCAGCAAUAAAGACACACAGAGAUGCUGUGCAGAUCGAGUGGCAAGCCUUUCUCAACUUGUGCCUUGCACAGGAAAUUCACCUGGACAACAUUGAAGACUACAAGAAGUUCCAGCUGGAUGCAGAGACGUUGUCCGAGUCCCUGGAGAGACUCAGUUCCACCCUGGACCCAAAGUCUCUGGCCAACAAGAGCAACCCUGAGGUCCUUCUGGCCCUGGAGGGAGAUGAACCAGCAGUAAAGAGGAACGAGCAGCGCCUGGCUGACCUCAGGGAGCUCAGCAGCGGCAUCGUGCCUCUGAAGUUACGCCGAGUCCAGCCAACCAAGCCCACCACAGCCAUGGCUCUCUGUGACUGGGCAGAUGAACAGGACACAGUGAGGCGUGGUGAGACACUAAACCUGAAGUCCAUCUCUGAUAUUAAGAACUGGGUGCUUCAAACAAGCAGCGGGAACACCAGAACCCUCCCUGGGGCAUGUUUCAUGGUCCCACCACCUGAUGCUGAGGCCCUGGAGAAAGUAAACAGUUUGGACAGAAGGCUGAGGGACCUAAAGAGCCGCAGAUCUGCACUAAUUACCUCCUUGAAGAACCCAACUGUGGAGGUUGUUCGGCCUCAGAAGGCAGCUGCUGUCCAAAGUGCUCCAGAGGAUCCCAAAGCUACAGAGUUAGCCAAUGAAUUAGACAAGAUCAACAGAGCGCUGGAUCAAUGCAAAAAACAAAUCCUGAGCCGACUCAGAGCACCGCUUGACAACCGCAACCCCACACAAGACCUGUCGAACAGGCUGCAAGAACACGAGAAAACAGCUCAGACUGUGAGAAAACUGGAGUCUGAAAAGUCUGCGAUCCAGAGAGACACUGUGCCUAUUCUAGCCAAGAAACCCCUGGGACCCACCGCCUCCUCCCUGCCCCCCAAACUCAGCGCCACCAAUGACAAGCUUGAUGACAUCAACACCCUUAUGGAGCUUUACAAUAAAAAAGCUACAGCUUCCAUGUUCCUCGAGAAGCAGAUGCAGAAGGUGGACACUAUUGUCUCUGGGUUUGAGGAGCAGCUUGCUAAAGAUGGCGUCAUUCUUGAUAAACCUGAUGCCCUCUUGAGUCGUAACCAGCAGCUGCAGGUUCUGCAUAAGGAUGUCGCCUCAAAGAAGGAUGAGUUGAAUAGACUGGGCCGAGAUUUGGAUCUGACAGAGCAAGCAUGCAGCCCUUUGCAGCAGAGUUUCAAUGAAUACUGUCCUGACAUCCGCCGCCAGGAGAAUGAGGUGAAAAAGCUGAAGAACCGUUACACGAUCGUCAAUAAUCAGCUCCAGGAAAGGUCUGCUCUCGUGAAGGAAGCAACCAAUAAAAAUCAAGAUUUCCAGAACGCUCUUCAGUCGCUGGAUUUCUUCUUGGUCAAUUUGCCCAAUAAUGCAGUGAAACCUACUGAUGAUGUGGCACAGAUAACAGCCAAGCAGCACUCUCAGGAGAGAGUGAUGGAGGAUAUCAAUAAGAAAUCAGGUGAUUUAUACCGCGUCAAGGGUCUUUCUCGUGAUCUGCAGAGCAUCCUAAAUGAAUAUGAGGUUAAGACAAACACUUAUUGUGGCACGCUGAAUGAUAACGACGAUGAUGACGACGAUGAUGACGAUGAAGAACCAGUCCCAAAGAAACUUCAAACUUUGACUAUGGCUCAGGCUGUACAGAGAAAGGAGAAAAAUCUACUGAACCUUUUCUCUGAGGUGUCUGCAGAAAAUGACCAGCUCCUCAGCCAGUUGGGAACAGCAAAGAACAUCAUGGCCAGGAAUGAAGAGAAAGUUAGUCAGGUUGUCAUCAGUCAGCAGCUGCAGCUACAGAGUCAGAUGAAAGAUCUGGAGGAAAGCGAUGGUCUGAAAAAUGAAUUAAAUGAGGAGAUUGCCAGGCGCUUACAUGCUGAAAGAGACCUGGAAACAUACCGUAAGAGGUUUGUGUCUCUGAAGAAUAGGAGAGGAGUGGAGAGGUUGGAGGAGAAGGAGGUAGUGCAAUACUAUCGUGACCCCAAGCUAGAAGAGGAGCUACAGUCCCUGAAAAAUCGGAUCCAGGACGAAGCUUUUAAGAGGUCAAAAACCCAUUCGGAGAUUGAAAUUUUUAAUGAGAAGAUUAUCAAAUUGGAAAUUCAGCUGAGCAAAACUGAACCUAAACUGGUGACCAAGAUACUGACUGAAUAUGAGAGAGACCCGCAGCUUGACAAAGAAGCUGCUAGGAUUAAAGACGAGAUGCAGAAGAUACGACUGGAGCUACAAACGAGAGAUACUGAGGCAGUUCAUGUGAAAACUGAGCUUACGCUUCUAUCUCAGCAGAAACCCAAAAUCAGGGAGAAGAUUGUUAAGAAAGAAGUGGUGAGGCUUGAAAAGGAUCCAGAGAUGCUAAAAGCUGUUCUCAUGUUCCAAGGUGAUAUUGCAGCAGAGGAAUCACAAUGCAAAUUGCUAAACGAUGACAUUUUUAGCACAAGGAGCCAGAUAAACUCACUAGAGAGAGUCAUUCCCACUAUCCAACCUAAGAUAGUCACCAAGGUGGUGAAGCAAGUACAGCAAGAUCCAGAAACUCUUGACGAGGCAAAGAAACUACGGAUGGCUUUAGAAGAGGAGAAAGAUGAGAACGUUAUCUUGAUGAAGGAUCUGACUACCCUUCAGCUACGUUACGGUGAAGUGGAGAAGCUCAGGCCUAAAGUGGAGGUCAAAGAGAUCAUCAAUGAGAUAUACAGAGUUGAUCCUGCGACAGAGGUGGAGCUGGUGCGUCUGAGAAAAGAGCUGCAGGAAUCAAACCGUAAGCGCACAGACCUGGAGAAAGAAAUCAACACAGUGACAGGGACUCUAACCACCCUGCGGGCUCAGAAACCCAAAGUGGAGUACAAGGAGGUGAUCCAGGAGUUGAUCAAAGAAGAGAAAAGCCCAGAGAUCCUCCGGGAGUUGCAGAGACUAAACAACCAAGUUGCCCGUCUGCAAGUCAACUGUGACACCACCCUAGAGCUACUGAUGCAUCUGCGUAAGGAAAGAGAUGAAUUGAAAGCUGAAAAAUCCAAGGUAGAGACCCAACUAGUUACUAAAGAACUCAUCAAAUAUGAGAAUGAUCCUCUUCUUGAGAAAGAGGCUGACAGGCUUCGGAGGAAUGUAAGAGAAGAGAUUCACCAACGCCGCAGCUUGGAGGAGUGUCUCUUUGACCUCCAGAACCAAUACAUCGUCCUUGAAAGGCAGAAACCAGAGGAGAAGAUUGUAAUGCAGGAAGUGGUGCGUCUCCAGAAGGACCCCAAUCAGAUUCUGGAGCAUGACAAGUUGAACAAGAACCUAGAUGAUGAAAUGAAAGCCCGUAGAAAGCUUGAAUUAGAGGUCAGACAGCUCAGAGCCCUGAUUCACGAAAAAGAGAGCACCUUGGCUCAGAUGGAUGACCGUCAGAAGAAGAUCCAAGUAGAGUCAGAGCUCAGGCAGAUUAAAUGUCGCAUUCAUGAACUUGAAAAUUCCCCUCCGCCUGUUGAGGAAAAGAUUGUCAUCGAGGAGGUCCUGAAAGUGGAGAGGGACCCUAAACUGGAAAAACUUACUGAUGGUAUCCGUGUCAACUUGGAGACUGAGAGCAACAACAUCACUCGUCUAGAAAGAGAAAUCCGCAACCUGAAAAUCAAGUUAGAAAUUCUGCAAAAGGAGAAGUCUCUUGAGAAGGUUGUUUACAGAGAAGUUGUUCGUGUAGAGAAAGACCCAGCCGUAGAGGCUGAAAGGGAACAUCUCAGAGAGCUUGUAAUGCAGGAGAGAAAUCUCAGGCGUGACCAGGACGAUGACAUUCAGAACAUCAACAUCAAAAUAACCCAUCUGCACACAUCAAAGUCUGUGUCUUCUCAGGAGGAGGCCACACUCAUCACCAGCAGAGAUGCUCUGCAGAGAGAGAAGGAGGAUCUCCUCAGACAGCUCCGAUUGCUGGAGUCCGAAAGACAGAACAUCAGUAUAGUCUUCCAGCAACAGUCCAAGCUGAUGAGCGAGAGAAACCAGAUUGCACGGCAGAGGAGUCUUAAAACGUCCUCUGAAAUACAACGGCUGGAGAAAGAAAUCUUAAAUGAAAAAGACAAAAUACACCAGAAGGACACACUCAUCACUGAGCUGCAGAACAACAUUAAAAGAGAGGACCAGUCUGAAACUCACACCAGAGAAACAAAUCUUACCACAAAGAUAUCCAUCAUGGACCCAGAAACCGGUAAAGACAUGUCUCCUUAUGAAGCCUACUUGCAAGGGCUAAUUGAUCGCAACCAUUACCUUCACCUGUCAGAGUUGGAGUGCGACUGGGAGGAAAUUACCUCAACUAGUCCAGACGGGGAUACAACAAUUCUGCAAGAUCGCAAAAGUGGGAAGCAGCACUCUAUCAAGGAUGCACUGGCGGAUGGUCGGUUGACUCAGUAUGACUUGAACCGCUACAAGGAAGGGAAAAUGCACAUUUCUGAGUUUGCCCUCCUUGUUGCAGGCGAAACCAAAAAGCCGCACCUUCCUGUGAUAACAUCCCCAAGGUCACCCAUCAAACCCACCCCAAUGUCUCCUUUGAACUCCAUGCAAACCUCUUUAAGGUCCUCCUACACCAAUCUCAACACUCAGCCUAGUGGCAGUUUGAACAACCUCACUGCUUCAGCUGGUGAUGAUUAUUUCCCCAUCUCUGGUAUUUAUGACAUCACCACUGAAAGUCGAAUGUCUGUGAGAAGUGCCCUUACUCGCAAACUCAUUGAUACUGACACAGCUCUGAAGCUGUUGGAGGCGCAAGCAGCCUCUGGUGGAAUCGUUGAUCUCACCAAAAAGGACAAACUGUCUGUCCACAAGGCAGCUGAACAUGGUUUAAUUGACCAAGGUAACAUGUACAAACUUUUGAACGCCCAGAAGGCCUUUACUGGAGUCGCUGAUCCAGUGACCAAUGAGCGACUUGCUGUGGGCCAGGCAGCACAGAAAGGGUAUAUUCCCCAUGAAAAUGCCAAAAGGUACAUGGAAGCGCAGUAUCUGACUGGUGGGUUGGUGAAUCCCUCUAAAGCAGGCCGCCUCACUGUCCAAGAAGCUCUCGCCGCCCAUCUGAUUGACAGCACAACUGCUGAUGACUUGCAAGAUGAGUCGUCCUACACAAAAGAGCUGGUAGACCCAAUCACUAAAGAGAAAAUAUCAUACAAGCAGGCGAUGGAUCGGUGUAAGAGAGAUAUCAGCACAGGGCUCCUGCUGCUUCCUGCAGCCUCCACUGAUGCCUCAAAUGCUCCGUCAUACUCAAACUACCGGUUCAGUUCCCCCUACAACGUAGCCUAGAUUUAGGAUGCAUUAUGUCAUAUUGCAGCCACUGGUUCUAAAGGGUGUAUGUUAGUGCUAACUGAUACACAUAAAAAUACAAAGAGAUGUUUAUACACUUUUGGAAAACACUGGAAGAACUUUUUGGUAAAACUGUACAAGUGGAUCUGUUUUUUCAGUACUAUUUUGGGGUCUGCUGUAAAAAUGAAUAAUGUUUGUUUUUUAUGGUAAACUGUUUUUUUCAACGCUGUAACUCUAAAUCCAUGUGUUCAUUAAACUCCACAAGCCUCA